AAUCUCUCUUCCAAUAUUUUUUUGUCUCCCUUAUUUUUCUCUCUCUUAUUCUCUCUUAAUCUACCUCUUAAUUAAUUAAACUUCUUAGAUCAUGUUCUAAACUAUUCUUAAUUAAUAGUAAUCAUAAGAGUAAGUGUAGUUAAUGCGAGAGAAAAUGAAUAUUUCUGUAAAUGGGCAAUCAAGGGUACCUCCUGGUUUCCGAUUUCAUCCAACUGAAGAGGAACUCUUGCUAUAUUACCUUAGAAAAAAGGUUGCUAAUGAGAAGAUUGAUUUGGAUGUUAUUCUUGAAGUUGAUCUCAAUAAGCUCGAACCUUGGGAUAUUCAAGAAAAAUGCAAGAUAGGAACGACACCACAAAAUGAUUGGUACUUUUUUAGUCAUAAAGAUAAGAAGUACCCUACUGGAACAAGAACGAACCGGGCAACUAUUGCCGGGUUUUGGAAGGCCACGGGGCGAGAUAAGGUGAUCUAUAGUAAUUGUAAGAGGAUUGGGAUGAGGAAAACACUUGUUUUCUACAAAGGAAGAGCUCCUCAUGGUCAAAAAUCUGAUUGGAUUAUGCAUGAAUAUCGUCUUGAUGAAAGCACCAACACUAACAAUGACUCCCAUGUUAUUACAAUUGUGAGAAGUGGAGAAUUUGUACAAGAAGAAGGAUGGGUGGUUUGUAGAGUAUUCAAGAAGAAGAACAAUGUCAAAGCCCUAGAUAGCCCCAUCAAGUGUUCAACCAUGGCACCAUCAGAAACACAUUCAUCAUCAACCAUGCUUGAUUCCCCAUGUCAUGACCAUGACCAUGACCAUGACCAUGACCAGGACCAUGAACAUGAUCAUGAUCAUGAUGAUCAAGGGGCCUUGGAGCAAAUAUUUCAAUUUAUGGGGGGUAAAUCUCAAAAAAUGAUCAACAACAAUAAUAUUACAAAGUCAUCCUCCCAAAACCAAGUUGAUAAGUUCAUGAAGCUCCCAAACCUUGAGAGCCCAAGCACACUCUUAGUAGCUAGCUACUACCAAACAAUACCUGAAAACGACCUCGUUUCAAUGGCGAAAAUCGAAACCGAUCCCAACUCGGUCUUUAACUCGGAAACCGGGCUGAGUGAACUCAGUGAUUGGGCUACCCUAGACAGACUUGUUGCAACUCACUUAAAUACUCAAACUACAGAAACUAUGGCAUCCAUAUUUUCACCAUCAUCAACUGAUCAUCAUCAUCAUCAUCAUCAUCAUGAUGUUCAUCAUCAUCAGCAUGAUGAUGUUGAUGAAUUACCACCAUUGAGAUCAUCAUCAUCAACAUCAUCAUCAGGAGAUCAUAAGAUGUACCACACUAUUACUAGUGCUACAACCACACUGGAUAAUAACUAUGGCGGCAGCAACGACAUUGAUCAUUUGUGGAGUUUUACAAGAUCAUCAUCACCUUCUUUGGGGAUUGACCCAUUAUGCCACGUGUCGGACAGUGGUAUAUAACAGAAUACCAAGUGAAAAAACAUGCUCGUUAUCUUAGGAAUGAUUAUGCAGUAGUAUAUAUCAUGGCGUUAGUUGUUAAAGUCAAAGGGUUAUCAUAAGGGUAAUUAUUCUGCGGUUUAAAUUUUUACACUUUUAAUACUACACACCAAUAAUAAUGUGACGUACGUAAGUUGCAUAGCGUUUUGUAACAUAAGGUGAGGAUUUUUUUUUAUAUAUAUAUAAAGGUAAUGAUGAAAAAAGGAAGGAGACAUUGCCUACGAGGAAGCUCCAGCUUGUGAAGAGCAGAAUGAGUACAAUCAUU